CUCUGGAGCUGAGGGGGAGGCUAUCAACGGAGAUAGCGGGGACAUGGUCGGCUCCUGCACCCGAGGGGGUACCAGACCAUUGAUAGCUCUACAUACACUUGACUUCCGCACUCACCGCGGUUCUAACAAGAAGAUAUAACAGUACAGCUGGCGGUAUGGGCAUUCUCGAGUACCGCCAGCAUAGGCGCGAUUGCCAGCGCAAACAAUCCGAACGAGCGUCCAAGAUAGCCUCCCUUCCCCAGUCCUACCGGUACCCCCUCUCCCCUCAGGAGCGCACCAUUCUCGGAAAGCCCAUACGGGAGCUCGUCCAAGAUGUUCACAAGCAGAUCACAAGUCCCCUCGACAUCCUCCGUGCAUACGGAAAGGUUGCAAUCAAAGCCCAGGAGAAGACGAACUGCGUGACGGAGAUCCUCUUCCCGGAAGCCGAAGAAUGGGCAACGAAUGAAGUCAACCUCAAGGGGCCCCUGGCAGGCAUCCCCGUCUCCCUCAAGGACUCCAUACAAGUCAAAGGCUUCGACAUCUCCGUCGGUUUCUCCCGCCACACCGGCAAGCCCUAUGCAGAAGACGGCCCCAUGGUCAGGCUCCUCAAGGACGCCGGAGCUAUCCCUUUCGUCAAGACCAACCUCCCCAUCACCCUCCUCUCUUUCGAAUCCACAAACGACGUCUGGGGCCGCACCACCAAUCCGCACAACCCAGCCUACUCCCCCGGCGGCUCAACAGGCGGCGAAUCCGCUCUCCUGGCCUUCGGUGGCAGCCGCAUAGGCAUCGGUUCCGACGUCGCCGGCUCCGUUCGCGUUCCCGCCCACUUCUCUGGCUGCUACUCUAUUCGGUGUUCGACUGGAAGGUGGCCCAAAGUCGGCAUGAACACCAGUAUGCCAGGCCAAGAGGCAAUUCCCAGCGUCUUCAGCCCCAUGGCACGCACCCUGAACGAUCUCACGUAUUUCACGCAAAGCAUCAUCGGCAUGGGCCCGUGGAAAUACGAUUAUACCGUCCACCCGCUCGCCUGGCGCCAGAACAUCGUAGACGAGUACAGAGAGAAGAAGCGUCUACGGGUCGGUGUCAUGCGGACAGACGGCGUUGUCGACCCUUCUCCCGCCUGUGCCCGCGCUCUCGACCAAGUUGCUUCCGCACUGAAAGCGGAAGGCCACGAAGUCUUCGACGUGACGCCCCCCUCCCCUUACGAAGCGCUAGUCAUUGCAUCGCAGCUCCUUCUCAGCGACGGCGGCGCAACCUUCAUGUCCUUCUUCCGCAGCGGGGAAUGGAACGACCCGGGCGCCGCGCAAAUGGUCUUCUACAUGCGGCUUCCGCGGCCCGUCAAGUACCUCUACUACCUCUGGGUCAAGUACGUGAAGCGCGAUAGCCUCUGGGCUGGCCUGCUGCGGUACUGGCAUCCCAAGAGCGCGCUCGAGUAUUGGCAGUUAGCCGGAAGGAGGGAGAAUUACAAGCACCGCUUCUUCGAUUGGUGGAAUAGUCAGGGGACGGAGAAGGAAGGGAAGAUGGAUGUGCUGAUUUGCCCGCCGAAUGCGACGCCCGCCGUGCCGCAUGAUGGGAUGCAUGAUGCCGUUAGCAGUUGCGGAUACACAUUUUUGUUUAAUUUGCUGGAUUACUCGGCCGGCGUCCUCCCCGUCACGCACGUGGACCCCACCCUCGACGCCCUCCCCGCCACCUUCAACAUCUCCAAACUCAACGGCGUGGCAAGAGGCGCGUACAAGCACUACGAUGCUGCCAAGAUGGCCGGUCUGCCUGUGGGCGUGCAGGUCGUGGGCCGCAGGCUCGAAGAGGAGAAGGUGCUGGCUGUCAUGGAGAGGGUGGAGGAUGCGUUGGAUCGGCAUGGGGGACGGUAUGAGCUUUUGGAGGUGGAGUGAGUGACCACUUUGCGUUUGCUGGGUGUAUGGUUGUGCAUGUGCAGACGGGACCACGUAGGUGUCCGUUUAGCAGCAUUGCGAGGACGGUCGGGUAAUGGAAUUGUUGGUUGACGAAUCACCCACGCAGCUCCACUGCAGGGAUAGUGAACAUCACGGGAGAUAUCUAUCGGAAUAGGUGUUCAAUUUCCUGAAGAAUGGUUAUCAGGUAUAAAUGCCGUAUAUAUCCCAGUCGAGUAGGCCCCUCAGGCUUGGGACGCAAGACUCCAUCAUCCUUUCAAAGCCUAUCGGUCACCACAUUAUAUAUG